AAAAAUUGAGUAGGUUGGAACUUGUGACUCAUUUUGGAUGAUAUCUUGUUGUAUAUCUUGGCUUGAUAUCGUUCUUCUUCUGGUCUAGAUACUCGAGACUUUGAGAGGGAACUUUAACCGCUUAUGUUCGAGGCGAGAAACUGAGUCUCUCGAUCCACUCAACCAAGGGACCUUUCGUCUGUCAUUUGGUCGUCCUCUUGGACAUACGGUUGAGGCAUCAUGACGAACAAUCAAGCAGAGGACGAACGGCCAGCCGACGCCCCCCCAGAGAACGACCACCAAAACGAGAACGAAAAACACCUCGACAGAACCACCAGCAAUGAAUACAUCGACGAAGAAGCCGGCCUCGACUCCGACGAGCUCUCCCGCACAGCAACAAACGCCACCAACGUCAGCCGGCUCGCAGCGCGCACCCUCUCCCUCGUGCGCACCCGCGAAUCCGGCAAAGACAUCGGCCCUCCCCCCGACGGGGGCUUCACCGCAUGGUCGCAGGUCGCGCUGGCGCACUUCGUCAUCUUCAACACAUGGGGCUACAUCAACAGCUUCGGCGUCUUCCAGAGCUACUACACGGAGGCACUGGACCGGCCCCCGUCGGACAUCUCCUGGGUCGGCAGCAUCCAGAUCUUCCUGCUCUUCUUCAUCGGGACCUUCUCCGGCCGCGCCACAGACGCAGGCUACUUCAAGGCGAUCCUCACGGCCGGCGCCCUGCUGGAGGUCUUCUGCAUCUUCAUGACCUCGCUCUGCACCGAGUACUGGCAGCUGUUCCUGGCGCAGGGCAUCGGGCAAGGCAUCGGGUGCGGGCUGAUGUUCUGCCCGACGAUCGCCCUCAUGCCGACGUACUUCACGCGCAAGCGCGCCCUCGCCAUCGGCAUCACGGCGUCCGGGUCCGCCACGGGGGGGCUGGUAUUCCCCGCCGUGGUAAUGCGGCUGCUACCGCAGCUGGGGUUCGGGUGGACGAUGCGCGUGCUGGGGUUCAUCUCGCUGGCGACGCUGACGCCGUGUCUGGUGUUCCUGAAGCAGCGACUGCCGCCGCGGCGGAGCGGGCCUCUGGUGGAGUGGGGCGCGUUCCGCGAGCUGCCGUAUACGCUGUUUGCGAUCGGCAUGUUCCUGAACUUCUGGGGCAUCUACGUCGGGUUCUUCUACAUUGGAAGUUUCAGCCGGAAUAUGAUCGGCGUGUCGCAGGAGACGUCCAUCGAUGUGAUCCUGGUGAUGAAUGGCAUUGGGUUGCUGGGCCGGCUGGGUCCGAACUAUCUGGCGGAUCGGUUCACGGGCCCGCUGAACAUGCUGCUGCCGUUUAGUCUGGCCACGGGGGUGAUCUCUUACUGCUGGUCGGGGGUGGAUAGUGUUCCGGGGCUGUACGCGUGGAGCGCGUUCUACGGGCUGGCGGCGGCGGGGAUCCAGUCCUUGUUUCCGGCGACGCUCAGCACGCUGACGACGGAUCUGAAGAAGACGGGGGUGCGGAUGGGGAUGGUGCUGAGUGUGGUGGGGGUGGCGGCGCUGAUCGGGUCGCCUAUUGCGGGGGCGCUGGUGGAGAAGGCUGAUGGGCAUUAUCUGUAUGCGCAGAUGUUCAUGGGGACGGUGAUUGUGGCGGGGAUGUUGACGUUGAGUUGUGCGCGGUUGGCGAAGUUGGGGUGGAACAUCCGGUCGUUUUUGUCCCUCUUGAUCCCCGCAGUCUCUUCCCCUCCCUCAUACAACAACCCCUCUCCUUACCUACCAGACGAACCUCUCCCCGUCUAUCACUUCUUGUAUUUCCGCUACCAGAUCUCUGUCACUCUAUCUCGUGCUCACCAUUCUAUCAAGAAAACAUCUCCCAUUCACAAACUCAACAUGGCGCCCCGAGGUCGCGGUGGAAAGUUCUCCAAGCCCAGUCGAGGCGGUGGAAAGCACUUUAGUCGUGAUGUCCAGCCCGUUGAUAAGAACGGUAACCCUGUCGGUCUUUGGAGGGACCCCGAAGACGCCAUCCCCUCCUCCUCCGAAGGCGAAGACUCCUCCCAAGAAUCCAGCUCCGAAGACGAAGACGAAGCCCCCACCACCGCGGCAGGCUCCUCCAGCGCCGCCGCCGCCGCAGAACUAACCCGCGAAGAGCGCCGCGCAGCAGCCAAAGCCAAGAAACGCGCCGCCAUCGCCCGCAAGAACCAAGUCCAACCAGGCGACCUCCCCUCCUCCGACGAGGAAGACGACGACGCCGACAACGACAACACCAAAGCAGAAGGAGAGGGCGACCUCCCCGCUAACCCCAACCACACGGCCAAAUCUCGCUCCCAGCUAGAAGCCAAAGACGACGACGACGAAAACGCGCCGGCGAAACCCGCUGCUGCUGCGGCGGCGGGCGGCGGGGAUCUGUCGCAGCUGUCGAGGCGGGAGAGGGAGGCUAUCGAGGCGCAGCAGGAGCGCGAGCGGUAUAUGAAGUUACAUGCGGAGGGGAAGACGAACGAGGCGCGUGCGGAUCUGGCGCGGUUGGCGAUCGUGCGGGAGCAGCGGGAGGCGGAGCGCGCGCGGAAAGAGGCGGAGAAGGAGGAGAAGGCGGAGUUGGCGAAGCAGAGGGUGGCGGAGAGGGAGGCCAAAUUGCAGAAGGGGGGGAAGAAGGGCAAUAAGAAGAAGUGAAUCAUU